AUCAGCGUCAGCGACAUGCUGGUGCGCGCGUGCGGGACCACGCUGAGCUUCGCGUCCAGUCUGCGGAACCGAUGGUUGUUCGGCCGCCUCGGGUGCUCGUGGUACGGCUUCAUCAACUCCUGCUUCGGUAUUGUGUCUCUGGUGUCUCUCGCCCUGCUGUCCUACGAGCGAUACAACACCCUAAUGGUUUACAACAAGCGGGCCCUGGACUAUAGGAAGCCUCUGUUAGCAGUGUGCGGGGCUUGGCUCUACUCGCUGGCGUGGACGUUACCCCCCUUGCUGGGAUGGAGCAGCUACGGGCUGGAGGGAGGGGGAACCAGCUGCUCGGGGACGUGGACCGAGCGAACGGCUCGCUCUCACUCCUACAUCAUCUGUCUGUUUGUCUUCAGCCUCGGUCUCCCCGUCUUCAUCAUGGCGUACUGCUACGGCCGCCUGCUGCGUGCCGUCAAACAGGUGGGUCGAAUUCGACAGACGAGGCGGCGUGAGUUCCACAUCCUGUUCAUGGUUGUCAUCACGAUGGCUUGCCACCUCCUCUGCUGGAUGGCGUACGGCAUCGUCGCCGUUAUGGCCACGUUCGGUCGGCCGGGCCUCAUCAGCCCCGUGGCCAGCGUGGUGCCGUCCAUCUUCGCCAAGAGCGAAGUGACCGUGUUCAACCCCGUCAUCUACAUCCUGAUGAACAAGCAGUUCCACCGCUGCUUCCUGAUCCUGUUCCACUGUCGGCACCAGCUGAUGGAGAACAGUCACGCCAUUCCAUCCAGAACGACCACGGUCCAUCUCACCCGUCUGGCGGUGGACAGUGGCGCUGAUGCCCCUGGCAAUUCCGUGGAAGCACCCGCUAAGGACUGUGACACAGAGGACACCAGCGCCACCUUGUCGGGAAAAAAACGGAAGCGCCUAAGUCUUGUGGGACUCAAGACUGACAUUUAA